AUGCAGAUAAAAAUCUUGUAUUUCUCAUCAUGUUUCUUUAACAGGGAAGAUUUGCUCAGAAAUUUUACUUGUCAAAGUUCAGUUGAAGCGGAGACUUUUCUACAUUUUUCACUUGUUCCAUCAGUUAUCAUCACUUUGCUGCUGUCCUGUCUUGAAAAGAGAACAAAAAGAUGCUGUUUUGAUGAAAAAUGUCCCAAAUGUGCAGGAUAUUGUGGGUUACUGAUCCCGCUUGAUUCUGGCAGCGUAUUCAGCAACCGAUGGUCGUUGGGAUUCGCAUUUGGAGUUACUGCUGAUAAACUCAUGUUUCUGUUUGAGAAAAACUACGUUCCAGAGGAAUUUCCUGGCUGGGCUAAAGUAUUUUGGAUCCUCCUCGUGGCUUUUGAAAUGGGCAUCUCCUCAUACCCUUUCUUUGUCUGUCUUUCAACAAAACAUGAAAUUAUAGGAGCAAUCUUAGGAUUUCUUUACACAGCGUCUUGGUCAGUUGUCAUGAUUGUAGACAUUAUAGAGUGCCCUGAGGGAGAUGUUGUGGGAGAAUACAGUAACACAAUCCUGAUGUGGCCCUCCUUGCUGUGCCACUUUUUCCUGCUAGGACGCUUUCUUUUUAUGUUUGUGAAAGCAGUGAGAAUUCGAUCUAAAUUCAAUCUAAAUGAGGAAGAUUCCUUUCUGGAAGAACAUCAGUUGCAGUAUGUCCAGCAGCUGCUGAGAAAGCCUCUGCUUGGGCAGCCCCAGAAAAACUGGAUUCAGAGGAAGUUAUAUCAAUGGGAUCCCUACUUUAAAUUCCCCAACAGAAUAAUCAGCACAGUUGUCGUUCUUUUCAUAUGUCUUUACAUGUUUGUUGUGACUGAAUUUCUUAUGGCCAAGAUCCUAAUUUUAAAACCACUCAGAAACCUGUGGACCAACUUCAAAGCUUCACUUUCAGUUUCAGAAACUACAGAGCCAUGGAUCGAAAACAUUGAGGAGUUUAUUGAUGUUGUACAAGGAGUUUGGAUUGUUACCGUUGUUAUUAGUGCUGUCACAUGCACUGGAUAUGUAUUCCACAUCUUAACCUGCUACAGAAAACAUAUUAAACUGUUGAGAGCAGGCAGAAAGUACCUACUUCUAUCAGAAUCUAUGAAAGUGUCAUCUUCUCAAAGCGUGGUAGCACUCUCAAAGUUCAUCUCUUUCCAGACUGCACACAUAAUGUGGGGAUACCUGAUCAUCCAUUUGGUACAGUGGGUGUUUGGAAUGGUUCUUAUGUAUAUUUUGAUUUUGCCCAUGAAGCACGGCCAAUGGAUGCAGCUCUGGAACAAAUGGGCCACUGUGAUCCUGACAUUUGUCAUCAUUCUACUGAUCAAGAAGAUGCAGGUGAUUGUAGCUGGCAGGUUUUUUCUUCAGCCAAAAUUGUCACCGAGUGACAGUCAAAAGCCUUUCGCACUUGAUAACAGGAAAGUCUUCAUAAACUUCAGUUAUUUUUUAUUCUUCCAUUCGGUGGUUGUGGGCUUAACUUCCUGUCUGAUAAGACUGUUGCGCAGCAUUAUUCUAGGAGCCUGGCUGGUUGGACGGAUGGAUAGGCCAGUAAUGCCAAAAGGUUAUGAACACUGUGAUUCAGGAUUCUCAGUUUGGGUUGGAAUGCUUUUUCUGGAUCACUAUCACUUAAAUCCCAUCCUUGUGUGCUUCUGCCACAUACUUGGCACCAGACUCAAAGAAAAAUACAUGCAUACGCCUAAGACAUUGGAAACAGGGGCUGGGGACAAGAUGAAGCAACUUUAUAGGGAUAUGGCAGAAGAUAGAUAUUGCCAAGUUCCCAGAAUGUCAGGCAAAGCCAGGACAAGAUGGCUACUGCUCUAUACACUUUUGAAUAACCCCAGUCUCCAGAAAAUCCGGAAGCUAAGAUCCAUGUCUCAUUCAGUGGACUCACCAAAUCAUUUUUCUGUUUUGUAAUCUAUGCAGCUGAAGUGAAAAAUAUACUAAAUGUCCUUAGCAUACAGCUGCCUCUAUGGUCAGCAAUGACUUUGUAUUUGAUCUGAGCUCUGAGCUAAAGCGCCUUGCUGAUGUAUUCUUGUUGUUUCCUAAAUGGACACUUGCUGCAUGUCGAACUUUUAUUAUGUCAUUAAAUCCCAACACAGUGAGAUUAUAUGCACAGAAGUGGAAAGAUUUGUUACUACUCACAAUGAAGGAACGGUUGGUGAAGAUGAUGGAACUUAUAGAUAUGGCAAAAUUGACUUCCUUAAUUAGAAAAAAGAUGAACUUCUAAGUUCAUUGCUGCCUGGAAACCCCUUACAGACUUUUUGUGUGAAACAGAAAAAAAUUAACUGAUGAUUUAUGGUUUUGAUGAUUAGAAAAAAUAGAUAAUGGUAAAAAGAGAGGGUAUUUUUUCUUGUAACCAUAGAGUAAGAGGUAGCUUUGUAUUGGUACUUAAAAUUGCUGUAAAGAAAAUUGGAAGCCACUUCUUUCUAUUUCUUUUCAUUCUUUCUUUUUGCACUUUUGGUUCUUUCUUUCUUUUUCUUUCUUUCUU